AUGAUUAUCGCCGGUGAACCGUCCGGCGAUCUCCAAGCCUCCCGUGUGGCUGCUGAACUCAAAGAAAUCGCCCCCGAUUUAGCACUAUUUGGCAUGGGAGGCGAUCUGAUGGCGGAAGCGGGGGUUGAACUCAUCUAUCAUAUCCGCGACUCUGCGGUGAUGGGAAUCGGUGAAGUAUUUACCGCUAUCCCUGCGUUCCUGAAGAAGCGCGAACACCUCAAACAUCUGAUCCGUACAAAGCGUCCCGACGCUGUAGUAUUGGUCGAUUUCGGCGAUUUCAACAUGCCUUUGGCACGUUUCGCACAUGGUCUGGGAAUUCCGGUCAUCUACUACAUUCCCCCCAAGGCUUGGGCAUGGCGUCCGAACCGUGCGAAAAAGAUCGCCAAAACGACAACCGCUGUCGCGUCAAUCUUCCCAUUUGCAGCGGAUUUUUACCGGGAGGCUGGGGCAAAUGUGGAGUUUGUCGGGCAUCCGUUGUUGGACUUUGCUCGAACCGAUCUGAGUGGUGCGGAAGCCCGUCGUGUACUUGGUUUGGGCGCAGAUCGCCCUGUGCUUGGGCUAAUGCCGGGCAGCCGCCGCCGAGAAGUGGAGCGGCUCCUGCCGGUGAUGUUGGAGGUCACGGAUCAGAUACAUCAGGCUGUGCCAGAUUGUCAAUUUGUUCUUCCACUUGCGCCCGGUAUUGAUUCGGGACGCUGCCAGAGAUGCCGUUGGUCAGGACGCGAAAUUGUUCCAGAACUGCUCCAAAACCAAGUGACAACAAAGCGCAUCACGCCCAUCGCCCUUGAGCUGCUGCAGAACCCCGAAAAGCGAGAAGCGCAGCAAGAAACCCUGCGCUGGGUGUAUGAACAGCUAGGGGAGCCCGGCGCAGCGAAGCGAACCGCUCAGUUGAUACUGAGCCACAUCCAAUGA